UCGGAAGAGGAAGAGGAUGUACGUGAGAACCCGAUCAGUGGGACAGACAACGAUCCAGUCGAACACACUUCCGCUCAAAACAAUCACAUCCCUGAGUUAGAAGAAGCUCCGACUUCCCAUGAGCUGGCGCAAAGUCCGGUUGCUCUUGCUCAGAAUCUCUGGGACGCUGCCUAUCAAUCUCUGGACCAAGCCGAACGAUCGCGACUGGACUUAAUCCGCCAGGAUCUCCCUAGGAAAAGCCCCAGCGACCAACAUACCGACGAUACGUCCAUUUCUAUAUGGCUGCGGGAUACCAUCGAGACGGUCAAGGAUCAGUUCGAGAUUCGGAAAAUUAAGCUCGACGAUUCCAAAGUCAGGAGAGCUGCCGAACGCAUUCUCGAUGCUGCGUGUUCCAUGCAGAGUGUGGUCGGAGGCAUCGUGGCCGUUGACCCCACGGGUCAUGCAGCAAGUGCGUGGGCAAUAGUAUCCCUUGGACUGAAGAUGACCCAGAACGAUCGUAUGCUUCAGGAGAAGUUGUUCGAGGCCUCGGAGUUUCUGACAGAUGUACUGGCCCGCUAUACCCUUGUGGAGAAAUCACUCCAGAAAAGCCACGAGGAUACCAGCAAGCUUCUCAAUCAAAGCGUCAUUCAACUCUAUGCAAGCAUCAUGCGAUAUGCUUUAGAGAUGGCCCAUGUUCGAGAAGCAGGCGUGGCCGAACGAAUCUGGCUCAGUCUUUUGGUCCCCGAACCUGAGAAUCAGCAACUAUCAAUGCUCCGGGCGAAUAUUGAAAAGCAGGAUCAAACCCUUCAGGGUCUGAUUGUCCUGGACCACACCUUCCGUGCUAGCCAACAAGGGGAGAGACUGCUCGCUCAAAUUGAACAGAAUUCAGCAUUAGUUCAAAAGAUUGACCAAGAUUUCCAACUCUCCAGGUUGCCCUUUGCCGACAAGGCGCUAAAUGGCGUUUUGGAAGACCUACAGGAAAGGUGGUGUUAUAAGGGAACAAGGCAUGGCCUCUUGCAGGAGAUUGUAAACUGGGUGGACAAUCCUGGUGACAAGCAGUUCUUCUGGCUGAAUGGUAUGGCAGGGACCGGAAAGUCGACUAUUUCACGUACACUGGCCAAAUUAUUUAAAAACCGAGGGAUCCUCGGGGCAAGCUUUUUCUUUAAGAAAGGUGAACAGGACUGUGACUCAUUGGAAAAGUUUAUACCGACAGUCGUUCGCCAGUUAAUAACAUUCUUUCCGAGCCUCAAACAUGACAUUAAGCAUGUCAUUGACAAAGAUGACUUGAUUUUCAAUCGGAGCUUGGAAGAGCAGUUCGAGGAACUGUUUCUGAAGCCAUUACUCAAUGUUCGACUGCCUCAGCGCCAGACUCUGGUUCUCAUCCUUGACGCAGUCGACGAGUGUCAAAAUAACCAGGACAUGAUGCGAAUUUUCGAGAUGUUACCCAGAACACAAAGCCCUCAAGGGGUGGACUUGCGAUUUUUCAUUACAGGGAGACCCGAGCUGGCAAUUCGUGAAGGUUUAGAUAGGAUGCAAAAUCGUCCAUACCGAGAAAAACUUCUUCAAGACGUCGAAGGCGUGGAACGUGACAUCUCAGUCUAUAUGCGUGCCAAACUCAGCGAAAUAAAGAUAAGGACACCACACGGGGAACUAAUGAGUUGGCCUGAAAUCACGAUCAGGAGACUGACAGAGAAAGCAUACCCGCUAUUUAUUGUCGCUUCAACCAUAUGUGGAUUUGUUGGAGACAAGGACUUCGAUCCCGAGGAACGCGUUGAAAUAAUCCUGCGGCAGCCUCACUCCGACAACAAGCUCGCCCAAACCUAUCGAACGAUUUUGGACCAGCUUGUUUCCGGAAAAAGUAAGACGGACAAACAAGAGAUACUUCAAGACUUCCACCGCAUUGUUGGAUCCAUUAUUCUUCUAUAUGACCCACUCCCAGCCAAUUCUCUGGCGCGCAUUCUCGGAGUGUCGAAAGCGCUCACUAAUAGAAGACUUGGACGCCUCCGUUCCGUUCUCGUCAUACCUGAUGAAGCUCAUGUCCCAAUAAGACCUCUGCACUUAUCAUUCCGAGACAUUCUUGUCGAUGAUAGCACAUCUGACAUGGACCCGUUCACGAUAAAUACAAUUGUACGACAUCGAGAUUUAGCCGAUAAAUGCCUUGAAGUGAUGUCCGAUAAGAAGAUCGGUCUCCGAAGAAACAUCUGCGGGCUUGAAAAUAAUGGAAUUCUAAGCAGCGAAAUUGAUGAAAUUGAGAAAGCCUUGAGUCCCGAGUUGAAAUACGCUUGUCGAUACUGGGUCAAACACCUUGUAGAUGGACAGAUGGGGAUUGGUCAGGGUCGCAUUUACGCAUUUUUCGAGGCACACUUCCUGCACUGGUUGGAGGCAAUGGGCAUCCUUGGGUUGGUAUCGGAGGUCUUAAGAUAUCUUUCAAGUAUGCAACGGCUUUUUCCGGAAACGCAGGACACCCUGUUAACCAGAUUCCUUUCUGACGCAGUUCGAUUUACGCAAAGAGCUGCCGACAUGAUUAGCAUGGCGCCUCUCCAAGUAUAUUCUUCUGCGCUCAUAUUUACGCCGGAGAAUAGUGUGGUGCGGGAAAUGUUCAACAGUCAGAUCCCACAUGAUUUUGUGACCCUGCCACCAGUAGAAGAAGACUGGGGUGCGCUACUGCAGUCCUUCCAAGGCCCUCCAGAGAGGAUACAGGCACUUGGAUUCUCAUCAGACGGUCGCCUCCUUGCUUGCAGCUACGAUAAGAAUACCAUCAAGCUCUGGGAUGACGAGGGAAUGGGGUCUGUACAGCAAAUCCGGACAUUAUCCAACUCUUCGGAAUCUGGGGUACUGAUUUCUACAUUCUCACCAGACGGUGAAUUACUAGCGUGUAGCUUCCAAGAUGGCACCCUAUGGGACCUAAAUCAUCAAGGCUCAGAGUUGCGACCAAAGGUUCUUGGUAAUCUUAUAUCAUCCUGCUGCGCUCUUGCCUUCUCACGUGAUAAUCGUCGUUUGGCUUGCGGCUUUGUGAAUGGCGUCGUUCAAAUUUGGGGGACCGAUAAGAUAGCCUCAGACAGUCUUUGGAAAGAAUCCAAGAUGUCGUCGAUAUCGGUCUUGAGAAUUGCCCUCUCGCCUGAUGGCCUGAGACUGGCCUUUAGCUCCAGAGAUAAGGGCCUGAAUCUUUGGGAAAUUGAGGCAAACGGAUCAGGCAAAAGAGUGCACACGCUGUCGAAUGAUGAUCACUCUCGCUCGACAUGUCUGGUAUUCUCUCCAGAUAGUCGAAUGUUAGCAUGUGCUUCUCAACAAGAUGGUUCAAUUGCCAUUUGGGACUUGGAUCUCAAAAGAAUCAUGUGCAAAGUGCGAGAGGGCCAUCGUUUGAUUGCCAGUACAAUGUGUUUCUCGCCGGAUGGUCGGGUGCUG